AGAAAUUAAACACAUAAUAAAAAUAGAUGGAUAUUUAAAUCUAAUAUUAGGGCAAUAUUUCUAAAUAUUAUGGUAUUACUACAUAUGAAAAUCUUAUCCAAGAGAUAUUACAAAUAUAUUAAACUAUAACUGAUAUAGAAUUGUCUUAUUAAGAUGAAGAAGGCGAUACAAUUUAAGUAUCAAACACAAGUGAUUUAUAUGCGAUUGUAAUAAUAACUAAUUUGAUUAUUAAGAAUGAUUUUCAAUAAGUAAUAAUUGAAAUGAAUGCAAGAGUUGAUGAAGAAUAAUAAAAGAAUUCGGAAAAAGAGAAGAAAAAAUAGGAAAUGAAAUAAAAAAAAUUUUUAGAACAAAAAUAGAAGAAAUAACAUGUAAGUGGAAAUAAAAAUAUAUAAAGGCUAUUGAAAAUGAAUAAUUGAUAUUGUCUAAAAUGGAAUAAGAGUUUACCUAAAAUUUAGAGUAAAAAUAACAGGAACUAGAAAUAUUAGUUCAAGAAUAAUUAAGAUUGGAGUAAUAUAAAACAGAUCCUCUUCCAGUGUUUGAAUUAGCAUUAAAUGAAUCUAACUUAUUUGAUAGGAUCAAAGAAAAAGAAGAUUAAUUAUUAUAUAUUGAUGUAUAUUUAGUUUUCAAAAUAAUAAUAGGAUAAGAAGGGAUUCCAAACUUAAUUGAAAACUAUAUAAAAAGAAAUUCAUGAAAUUUUUCAUUAAAUAUAUGAAGAAAGAAAGAAUCAGCAUUUAUAAAAUUAUAAGAAAUGGAAUUAAACUAAAUAAAGUUUGAUAAAGAAUGGAGAAAAGAUUGAAAAAAAAAGAUAGAAAAUAAAGAAAUAUUAAGAUUCUUGUACUGAGAAAUUAUAAAAUCAUAGAGAUAAAUUACAAAGGCUUUUAGUGGAAUUAGAAAAAUUGGAUGAUGACACAGAAUGA